GUGCGCACGCGCCUUGCGCCUUCGCUCGCGCGUCCCUUUCCCAAGCCGUAGGCCGCGGUUGUUGGGAAGCGGCAUGCGCGCGCCUGGUUGGAGGUGGUGCCUCUCGCGCAAACACGCAGGGAGUAGCCGUUGGUCGCUUGGCAGGCCGGCCAGCCGGUGGGAAAAGAAGGCGGUUGUCCGCGGCUCGUGCCUCGAGGUCGCCUCCGCUUCCGCCGCCUCCCUUUCGCCCUCCUCGCGCUUGGGACUGGCCAUGAGAAGGCGGCUUCGGAAGGGGGCGGGGAUGGCCGUUGCUCCUUCUCAUGCCGCUUGGCGCCUACCUCCGUCUCCCUUCCCUUCCUCGGCCCCGGACUCUUGGGCUCAGGGCACCUGCCAGCCCUGAAGAGGGCCUCAGCGGCAGCACCCACCACCAGCCCCAGUGGGAGGCCGGCCUCGAGCGCCGCCGCCGCCGCCCGUCCUUCGUCCUGCCGCCGUCCUCAAUGUCUCCCCCGCCGCGGGGAGCCCACCCCAUCCGCGCCCCUUUGGCCCACAGCAGCCCCCUGGGCGCCCGAUCUCGGCCUCCCCUUCUUGGAGACCGGCGGCGAAGCCCGCCGCAACUGCCCGGGGGGAGGCCGAGCAGCGACGGAACCGGCCAGGCCGUCUCCCCCGCGGCGACGAUGAAGGCGGAGGCGGGAGACAACAGCAUGAUCAACCUGUCGGUCCAGCAGGUGCUGAGUUUGUGGGCACACGGCACCUCGUUGCGGCACCUCACGGAAAUGUGGUACUGGGUUUUCCUAUGGGCUCUCUUCUCCUCUCUCUUUGUCCAUGGUGCUGCAGGAGUUUUAAUGUUUGUGAUGCUGCAAAGGCAUAGGCAAGGAAGAGUAAUCUCUGUCAUUGUGGUCAGCAUUGGAUUUCUGGGAUCUUUAACUGGAGCUAUGAUAACCAGUGCUGCAGUAGCUGGAAUUUACAGAGUAGCUGGGAAAAGCAUGGCUCCUUUAGAAGCACUGGUAUUUGGAGUUGGACAGACCGUACUGACAUUGAUAAUUUCAUUUUCAAGGAUUCUUGCUACACUUUGAAUCUUCUAUGAAGCUUUGUUUAUACAAGGAAGAAGUCAGCAGUGAAGCUUUUCAGAAGUUGCUUCAGUAACUGCUGAAUUUGAGUUGUGAGAGGAAAUACCUGUUACAUGGGCUGCAAAGCUAGAGGUCCCAUCCAUUUGGAAAGUACUUCCUGCUGCAGUCCAAAAAUGACACACUACUGCGUUGCACCUAAUGUGCCUCUGUUACAGGCAAAGUGUGAUCAGCUUAGGAGAAGCUGCAAGAUAAAGCACCUUUGUGAAGCUGCUGAUCAGGCAAAUGCCUUCAGUGUGAUCACUAUUCAUAACAGUGUUGAAGGAAAUACCAGGGCAUUUCUGAAGAAUAGAUAAAUGUGCCAAAUGUGAUGUUGAAUUUUUUAAAAAAAUAUUGAUAGUGUGACCAUUUAAAUGUGUAGUUACUGAGUGCUGCAAAAUUGAAAAAAUUCAGAAACACCAACAGGGCACUUGCUGCUUAUUAUCAUCAUCAUUGAAUCCCACUAAAUGCAAAAUGUUGCUACAUUUAUGAGAAGGAAAAUUUACCUAUUUAAUUUACAUAAAAGCAUAGCUGGGAUUCUGUGGCUGAAAGAAACCUCUAGUAAGAAUACGAAUGUGAUCUAUCCAGUAUUAUAAAAAAUGGAUUUACUUAAGGUAAACUACAUUUAUUAAAACCAGCCCUUCAUAACUUUAUUUCUGUUCAGUACUGUCAAUUUGUGAUGUGUCCAAAAGUGACGUCAAAGAGUAAACAAAAGUUUUAUGAGCCAGUUGCCUAAACGGUCUAUAAAAUGAAAUAUAAAUUACUCUGAAAACAUUUACUUUUUAAAAAACUGUCAAAUAUGUUCCAUAAUUAUCUAAAUGUAACUUAAUUUGUAUCAGGAAGCCAAUCACAUUGAUCUUUUUUGUUAGAGUUAAACAUUCAUUGAUGUACUGUAUUCUCAAAGGCUUUCAUGGCCGGGAUCUGAUGGUUGUUGUGGGUUUUUCGGGCUCUUUGGCCAU